ACAGUAUCCAGCACAGCACAAUUACAGAGGCAGCCAUAUUGGGAUUAUGAUCUGACGGUCGUUCAGGAGCUCCGUCAGGGAUAGGAUGGCAGGAGAGGCUAACACUAGAAGAAACCGCAGAAGUCCUUGAAACCUAAUUUCUGGAGUGCACACAAGAGACCAUCAAAAUGUCAGGAGCUUCUGUAAAAGUAGCUGUUCGGGUCAGACCUUUUAAUUCCCGAGAGACCAGCAAAGACUCCAAAUGCAUCAUCCAAAUGCAAGGAAAUUCAACCAGUAUCCUGAAUCCAAAGAAUCCUAAAGAAGCGCCCAAAUCCUUCAGCUUUGACUACUCGUACUGGUCCCAUACCUCGUCCGAGGAUCCUUGCUUCGCCUCUCAAAAUCGCGUCUACAAUGACAUCGGGAAAGAAAUGCUGCUCCAUGCCUUUGAAGGCUACAACGUCUGUAUCUUUGCAUAUGGCCAAACUGGAGCCGGAAAAUCUUACACCAUGAUGGGGAAACAGGAGGAGAACCAGGCAGGGAUCAUCCCACAGCUUUGCGAAGAGCUUUUUGAGAAGAUCAAUGACAACAGCAACGAGGAAAUGUCUUACUCCGUGGAGGUCAGUUACAUGGAGAUCUACUGUGAGAGAGUUCGAGACUUGCUGAACCCCAAAAACAAAGGGAAUUUGCGGGUCCGGGAACACCCACUGCUCGGGCCUUAUGUGGAAGACCUGUCCAAGCUUGCUGUCACUUCUUACACCGAUAUCGCAGACCUCAUGGAUGCUGGGAAUAAAGCGAGGACGGUAGCAGCUACCAACAUGAACGAGACCAGCAGUCGCUCUCAUGCUGUCUUCACCAUAGUUUUCACUCAGAAGAAACACGAUACUGAAACCAACCUUUCCACAGAGAAGGUUAGCAAAAUCAGCUUGGUGGACCUAGCCGGGAGUGAGAGAGCCGACUCUACUGGUGCCAAAGGGACUCGACUAAAGGAAGGGGCAAAUAUCAACAAGUCCCUCACCACGCUGGGGAAGGUGAUUUCGGCCUUGGCGGAAGUGGAUAACUGCACCAGCAAGAGUAAGAAGAAAAAGAAAACGGACUUUAUCCCAUACAGGGAUUCUGUGCUGACGUGGCUGCUCCGGGAAAACCUAGGUGGCAACUCCAGAACCGCCAUGGUGGCUGCUUUGAGCCCCGCAGACAUCAACUAUGAUGAAACAUUAAGCACAUUAAGAUACGCAGAUCGGGCCAAGCAGAUCAAAUGCAACGCGGUGAUCAACGAGGAUCCCAACGCCAAGCUGGUGCGGGAACUGAAGGAAGAAGUCACACGGCUGAAAGAUCUACUUCGCGCCCAAGGGCUUGGAGACAUCAUCGACAUCGAUCCGCUGGACGAUUUCUCGGGGAGUGGAUGCAAAUAUCUGAAAGAUUUUCAGAACAAUAAGCACAGAUACUUGUUAGCCUCCGAGAAUCAACGUCCUGGCCAUUUUUCCACAGCAUCCAUGGGCUCGCUCACCGCAUCUCCAUCUUCCUGCUCUCUCAGUAGUCAGGUGGGCUUAACGGCCGUCUCCAGUAUCCAAGAACGGAUCAUGUCCACGCCCGGAGGAGAGGAAGCCAUUGAACGUCUGAAGGAAUCUGAGAAAAUCAUUGCAGAGCUGAAUGAAACCUGGGAGGAGAAAUUGAGGAAGACCGAAGCAAUCAGGAUGGAGAGAGAAGCUCUCUUAGCUGAGAUGGGAGUCGCCAUCCGAGAAGAUGGAGGCACCCUUGGCGUCUUCUCACCAAAAAAGACCCCUCAUCUGGUAAACCUGAACGAGGACCCCCUGAUGUCAGAGUGCCUGCUUUAUUACAUCAAAGAUGGCAUAACUAGGGUUGGUCAGGCGGAUGCCGAACGGCGCCAAGACAUCGUCCUGAGUGGGGCUCAUAUCAAAGAGGAGCACUGCAUUUUCCGAAGCGAGAGGAACCCCAACGGCAGCGUCAUUGUUAUCCUGGAACCAUGUGAAUGUUCAGAAACCUACGUCAAUGGCAAAAGGGUGAUACAGCCGGUACAGCUGCGUUCAGGAAAUCGCAUUAUUAUGGGCAAAAAUCACGUCUUUCGCUUCAACCACCCUGAGCAGGCGAGGGCUGAAAGAGAGAAGACGCCCUCGGCUGAGACUCCGUCCGAACCGGUCGACUGGACUUUUGCCCAGAGAGAAUUGCUGGAGAAACAGGGAAUUGAUAUGAAGCAGGAGAUGGAGAAAAGACUUCAAGAGAUGGAGAUUCUGUACAAGAAGGAAAAGGAAGAAGCGGAUCUCUUACUGGAGCAGCAGAGGCUGGACUACGAAAGCAAACUCCAGGCCUUGCAGAAACAGGUCGAGACCCGGUCCUUGGCUGCCGAGACUACGGAGGAAGAGGAGGAAGAAGAGGAAGAGGAGGUGCCUUGGACUCAGCACGAGUACGACCUUGCCCAGUGGGCUUUCCGCAAAUGGAAGUUCCACCAGUUUACCUCUUUAAGAGAUCAGCUGUGGGGCAAUGCAGUCUACCUGAAGGAAGGCAACGCUAUUAGCGUGGAGCUGAAAAAAAAGGUACAAUUCCAGUUCGUUCUGCUGACUGACACGCUCUACUCCCCAUUACCUCCGGAGCUGAUGCCGGCCGACUCAAACAAGCCCCACGGCCAUUGCCCCUUCCCUCGCACGGUGGUGGCAGUAGAGGUCCAGGAUCUCAAGAACGGUGCUACUCACUACUGGUCCCUGGAAAAACUCAGGCAGAGGCUGGAGCUGAUGAGGGAAAUGUACGACCGAGCCGGAGAGAUAGCCUCCGAUGCCCAGGAAGAGAACGAGAGCACCAUGACAGGCAGUGACCCUUUCUACGACCGAUUCCAUUGGUUCAAGCUGGUUGGGAGUGUUCCGUUAACCGAUAUCUCUAGCUCCCCCAUUUUCCACGGCUGUGUGAAUGAGCGCCUGGCUGACCGCACGCCCUCCCCCACUUUCUCCACCGCCGAUUCCGAUAUCACGGAGCUGGCCGACGAGCAGCAGGACGAGAUGACGGAUUUCGACGACGAGGCCUUUGUGGACGACACGGGCUCCGACGUCGGGACCGAGGAGGGAUUGGACUGCUUCAGCGAUGGCCAGGAUCCGUUUUACGACCGCUCCCCUUGGUUCAUUUUGGUGGGAAGGGCGUUUGUCUACUUAAGCAAUCUUCUCUAUCCAGUCCCCCUCAUCCACAGAGUGGCUGUUGUCAGCGAGAAAGGAGAAGUGCGCGGAUUUCUGCGUGUGGCAGUCCAAGCUAUAGCUGCCGACGAAGAGGCCCCCGAUUAUGGCUCUGGUGUUCGGCAGUCUGGCACAGCCAAGAUCUCAUUCGACAACGAGUAUUUCGACAAGAGCAACUUUUCAUCCGUAUCCAUGACACAUUCUGGACUGUCCUUGGAAGAACUGAGGAUCGUCGAGGGACAAGGCCAGAGUGCGGAAGUCAGUACGCCCCCUGAAGAAAUCAACCGGAUGAAUGAACUGAACCUGAAAUCCAGCACUCUGUUGGAUGGCAAGAUGGCCAUGGAAGGUUUUACUGAGGAGGUUGGGGAUCACCUGAAACUGGGCAGUGUCUUUACCUUCCGGGUGACGGUGCUCCAGGCCAACGGGAUCCUCCCAGAAUAUGCGGAUAUCUUCUGCCAAUUCAACUUUCUCCACCGGCACGAUGAAGCUUUCUCCACCGAACCUCUGAAAAAUAACGGCCGAGGGACCCCGCUUGGAUUUUAUCAUGUCCAGAAUAUUUCCGUGGAAGUGACCGAAUCCUUUGUCGAAUACAUCAAGACCAAACCCAUUGUCUUUGAGGUCUUUGGACACUAUCAGCUCCACACGCUCCACCUGCAGGGACAAGAACUCAACAGCCCUCCGCAGCCAUCCCGGCGAUAUUUCCCUCCUCCCAUGCCUCUCUCAAAGCCAGUCCCAGCCACCAAACUCAACACGAUGAAUAAAGCCAGCUUGGGACAGAGCAUGACCAAAUACGAUCUCCUGGUUUGGUUCGAGAUCAGCGAACUGGAGCCGACAGGAGAAUACAUCCCGGCCAUUGUUGACCACACUGGAGGUCUCCCCUGCCAAGGGACAUUCUUGCUUCAUCAGGGAAUACAGCGGAGGAUCACCAUUACCAUCAUCCACGAGAAGGGCAAUGAGCUCCAUUGGAAAGACGUGCGAGAGUUGGUAGUCGGGCGCAUCCGGAACAAACCCGAAGUGGACGAAACAGCCGUGGACGCCGUCUUGUCUCUCAACAUCAUCUCCGCCAAAUACCUGAGGGUCUCUCACAGCUCCAACAGAACUUUCUACCGCUUUGAGGCUGUCUGGGACAGCUCCCUGCAUAACUCCCUUCUUUUAAACCGGGUGACCCCUUACGCAGAGAAGAUCUACAUGACCCUCUCGGCUUACCUGGAGCUGGAUCACUGCAUCCAACCAGCCGUCAUCACUAAGGACAUCUGCAUGGUCUUCUACUCGCGAGACGCUAAGAUUUCGCCCCCCCGCUCGCUGCGGAGUCUCUUUGGACGUGGCUACUCCAAGUCUCCAGACUCCAGCAACCGAGUAACCGGGAUCUACGAGUUGAGCUUGUGCAAAAUGGCCGAUACCGGAAGCCCAGGAAUGCAGAGGAGGAGACGGAAAGUCCUGGAUACCUCCGUAGCCUACGUCCGAGGGGAAGAGAACCUGGCAGGGUGGAGACCCCGAGGAGACAGCCUGAUCCUGGAGCACCAGUGGGAACUGGAGAAGAUGGAGCUGCUGCAUGAGGUGGAGAAGACGCGUCACUUCCUGUUGCUGCGUGAGAAGCUGGGCAAUGGCCUCCCCAAGUCCCUGAGCGACUCGCUCUCCCACAGCCUGAGUAGCAGCACACUCAGCACCUCCACCAGCAUCUCCUCGCAGAUCUCCUCCACCACCUUCGAGAGCGCCAUCACCCCCAGCGAGAGCAGCGGCUACGACUCUGCCGACAUCGAGAGUCUAGUGGAGCGGGAGAAGGAGCUAGCUACCAAGUGCCUUCAGCUUCUUACUCAUUCUUUCAACCGCGAAUUUAACCAGGUCUACAACAGCAUCAGUGAUUGUAAGCUGUCUGACAUCUCUCCAAUCGGGCGGGAUUCUUCGGUCUCCAGCUUCAGCAGCUCCACCCUCACCCCGUCCACCACCUGCCCCUCGCUGUCAGAUUCGAGGUACAACUCGGUGGAUCAGAAAACUCCCGAAGGAAAUUCUCGGGCCUCUAGCCCUGGACUGGAGGCAGAACCAUUCCAGCUGACACCCCCUGCGGAAGUUUCUUAUUUGGCAAGGGCCGGGAAAAACGAGUUUUUAAACCUCGUUCCGGAUAUCGAGGAAAUCCGACCUGGGUCCGUGGUCUCCAAGAAAGGCUACCUUCACUUCAAGGAGCCCCUCUCCCCUUCGUGGGCCAAACAUUUUGUGGUGGUGCGCCGCCCGUACGUCUUCAUCUAUAAUAGCGACAAGGACCCAGUGGAAAGGGGGAUCAUCAACCUCUCCACGGCUCAGGUGGAGUACAGCGAGGAUCAGCAGGCCAUGGUGAAGACACCAAACACCUUUGCCGUCUGUACCAGACACCGCGGCGUCCUCCUCCAAGCCCUCAACGACAAAGACAUGAGCGACUGGUUGUACGCCUUCAACCCCCUUCUUGCUGGCACGAUACGGUCCAAACUCGCCCGAAGACUCUCCGGACAACUGAAGUACUGAGGUCCCUCGGGAAUUCUCAUUGCAAUUUUUAUUUUCUCCCAAAUCCAUCUUUGGCUAUAAGAUAAAACCUCCCCUCUCAUUUUCUCUAGUGAUAUUUGAGUCGCUCCCUUCCCUUGUAUUUAACACCUCCCCCUCAACCCCUGUGGCUUAACUUGGCUCACUUCCAGCACUUUCCCCACAUUCUUUCCUUUCUCUCUUCUCUCUUUCCUUCCCCACCCCCCACCCCUUUUUUAAAAAGAAAAAUACUACUCUAAUGAUUUUUUUCCCCUUUUCAAGUGUUGAAAACACUAGUAAUCGCAUGUGGCCAAAUUGAAGACGAAAUGACGGGAGGGAGGGAAAAAUAUGUGGGUUGAGCGGGGAGGAAAACGGGACUGAAAGGGGGGGUUCAUAUUUAUAUAUGCACGACUUUUUUUUUUGUUUAAAAAAAAGAAAAGAAAACUCCCCCCUCCCCUCUCCCAUGUGGGCCCUUGGUUCCUAACCCCCAAGUGACGUCGCCUCUCCUGCUCUCUACGGUGUGUUUGUCUCUGUCUGGAUGUCAAGGAUUUGAUUUUUCGUCUUAACUUUGAUGGCUUGGAAAUAACCAGAUUGUGUUUCACCAGGAAAGACUCCUGCCCUUCCUUUGUGGGGGGCGUUCCCUUCCCAGUGUAUGUUGCCUUUACUUCGGAUGUUGUAUUUAUUUAUUUACUUUUGGAUCUAUUAUUUUGGAUCUCUGGUUUAGGAAUCGGUUAUCACCAGGAGGGUGGACAUACAUAAUCCAGGCUCGGUUUUCAACCGCCGGCGUAGCCUGGUUAACAGUUCAUUCCUUGCAGCUUGGCCAGUGAUGGCUGCCUGCAACUUUCUCUUUGGGGCAGAUUCAGAUGAGGAAGUUUCAGACCUUCAGGAAGGAGUGGGGGGGACACUGGCUGAGGGAUCUGCCUGCCCUUGAUCCCCUGCCCCGAGCACCGUGUGGAAAGUUGGGAAUCUUGCCUCUGUCUCUGAAGGAUUUGAACCGGCACAAUGGAAUAGUAGGCAGAGGGUGGGCUUAAUGUAGCGCCCUGUUUUUUGCAUCGGCAGAAUCAACCGGAGGAAAGCGGAACGGUGUUUGAAAUGGGGUCUAGCCAGGGGUGGGCUUCAAAAAGUUUAACAAGGGGUUCUCUCCCCGGUUGCUGGGUGGGCAUGGCCAUGAUGGGUGUGGCCUAGUCGGCCUCCUGCACCACGGCGGGGGGGGGGGGGGGGUUUUCACCCUUCCCGGGCUCCAGAGGCUUUCCUCGAGCCUCCAGAAAGGCGAAAACGGCCUCCCCAGGCUCCGGAGGCCCUCUGGCGGCCUUCCGGUAGGCCCGUUUUUCGCCCUCCCUGAGCCUCUGUGCAUGCCCUGCACUUACCUGCAUCCAAAACAGGCCGCGGGGGGACUCCUGGGAGAGGCGGGGGCGAGCAGGGCCAGCCAGGAGUGGGAUUUGGGGGGUUCUCCGAACUGCAGAGAAUCUUAGCUAGAGGUUCUCCCGAACCCCUGUGAACCCCCAGCAGCCCACCCAUGGGUCUGUCCGGUGAAAGGGGCGAUUUAACCAGCAUUGGGGCUGAGGGGCAGCACCGCUUUCUCCCUGCCUUUCCCACGGUCGAAGGAUCAUUUAUAUUUAUUUUAAAAACAUUCCUGCUUUAAAGCUCAGCUCCUUUCCUCCCUCCCUCCCUCUCUCUUCCUCUCUCUCUCUCUCUCUCUCUCUGUACCACCAAGAGCAUUGCUCGGGUAUUCCUGAGUCAGGAAAGUAGUUGAAAACAGGGUGGUGAAAAGGCGGCCUAACCGACACUCCACAACCACCGAUUGUCUCCUGCAGGAAGCGUCUCUCCCUUUUAGGGGUUCUUAGACAGCCCUAUACCUCCUUUGGCAGAACCUCCCAAGAAAUUCAUAUUCAAACUGCAGCAUGUCUGAAUGCUCACUUCCUAUAUCAAGAAAUCCAGCCAGCCUUCCCCUUUCUCGAUUUAGCUUAUCAGGGCAUUAUUUCCAUGGUGGAAGUGGAUGUGCUCCUUCCCGGCUUUUGCCUGCAAGCCGGAGUGGGAAAAACGUGACCUCAUUGGCUUUCCAAACAGGCUUUCUCCAUCCUCCAAUCGAAGGUGUGUGUGUGUGUGUGUGUGUGUGUCUCCUUUCGGUUUUGAGCAUCUCGGCUCAAUUUGGGCAGAGAAGGGCCCAGAAGGAGCCUUGGUAAUCCCCGGUCUGUCCGGAGAAAGGCAAAAAUCUGAUUUUUCCCUUACAAAAAAACCAUGCACACAGUUUAAUUCUUUGCAUUCAUCCCAUUGGGGUUAGCCCGGGGUGUAGCUUACCCCCCACCCACCCAAUCUUCAGAUCAAUGCCUUUGUGAGACCCCCUUGGUUAGAGCCUCCAGGGGAGGGGGCUUUUUCAUUUGGGGUGGGGUGGGUGGAAACCCUCUUUUAAUUCUGCCGUGGUAGUCCACAGAGUUUGCCGUGACGUAGAGUCGGGGAGAUUUUCUGAGCAUUUUCUGUGCCACUUCCGCGCAGAGCAAGGGCGUCCAAUCUUAGCCACUCAGAAGACCCUGUGGACUUCAACUCCCAGAAUUCCCCCGGCUGGGGGAAUUCUGGGAGUUGAAGUCCACAGGGUCUUCCGAGUUGCCAAAGUCGGACGGCCCCUAGCAUAGAGCGAAGGGAACCUGUAAAAGGAGCUUGGAUUCUGAAAUGGGACAUAGUUAUGUAUUUGCUUUGAUGGUUUUGGGUUUAUUGCACUAAAAAAAGAGUCUUAACAGUGGGAUUUUCAGCCUUUUGAUGACACUAUACACAACACCCAUACUACAAGGCUGCAGAGCCAGUGUUUUUUUGGGGGGGGGGCAUUUUGCAGUGAUUUUAAUGACGAGUUAAUUUAAUUUUAUUGUUUUUGGUGCACAAUAAAAGACACUCCAGCUUUGGGCUAUAAAAAUGGUGGAGGGAAUCUGUCUGAUGCUGGAAAAAAUGGAAUGUUCUGGCAAUAGGGUGUCUUACACUACUAUAAUUGUUUUGUUUGUUGAGCUUGGAACAAAGCUGUCGGAAAAUUUGCUCUGGAAAAACCACACCACACGUAACAGGAGAAGAAUUAUAUAUAGGAGCCUUAAAGGGUCAGAAGGGAACAACGUAGCUGACAGAUUACACAAGGGGCACCACUUCUCACCUUGGGCUAAUCUUUACGCAAGAGGUUCAGUCUUAAAUCUUAAGCCUUCUUCCGCUGCUUAUUUUAGAUGCUCCGGAUUUGGUUGUCCGGCGGAUGAUUUAAAAUGAUCUCGGGGGAAUUAAGAUGAUUUCUCCCCCCCCCCCCCACUCCUUACACAUCCUAAAAAAUUACCCAGCCCUGCUUUUUUUUUUUUUUUUGCAAAGCAGAAAAAGAAAUUCCGCCUCUGUGCUUCGCUUUAAAAAGAAAUCACCUGAAUUUCAGCAGAAGCUGGAUGUAGAAAGCUUUAACCAGUCGACACGGCCUAGAGCCAGCCAGCUCUUUGGGCCGGUCUCUGGAGCUGCAGGCCGCCGCUGCCACGGGCCAGCCAACCCUCUGCGCAGGCCCCGCGGCUCCAAGGAAGGACCGUUGACAUCUUUGCAGAGUUCCCAGCUAAGGAAAUGAUGGAAGCUGAAGCCGAGGCUGUUACCCUGAUGGUGAUUACAGAAUCAUCUAUUCCUUUCGUUCAAUCGGAGUCAGUUGAUUCAUCCUUAUAUAUCUCUCUCUCUUUGCAAACAGCAUACCUCAAUUCUUCUGCCCGGUGCCCCUUUUGUUAUUAAAUGACAUUAAAUUAGAAAAGGAAACCAAGCGAAGUCCUGAUGGUGUUUUCCAAGCAAAGACGUUUUCCUUCCUUCCGCUUUGUUAACUUGAUGCACUAUAGGAAUUUAAUUAGUUUUUUUUUGUUUGUAAACGCAUGUGUAUUUGUGCUGGCUUUCCUUGUACAUAAACCUCAACCUUCAUUGUUCUCCUCCCCCUCUUGUAUGAUCCGCCAUGAAUUAAUCCUGUGUCUGCCCAGGCAUCACACGGUACAAGAUAAAUUUCACAUUCCGUUCUCGUCAUUUGUUUUUUUUAUUUCUAACAUGCUGCUUUAAAUAACAGGGGAAUAUUUAAAAAAAAAAAAAAAACUUAACUUUGCUGCUUAAAGGUUCCUUGAAUGUAUCCGAAACAGGACCUCAGUUAGUUCGUCCGGGGAAAACAAAGUUACCCACUACCAUUCCUUCCUGCCUCGUUGGUGGCUAGCGCCUUAUGCUUUUUUUUAAAAAAAAAAAAGUGUGUCAGGAAUGUAUUUCAUGCUGUGCUUCCUCACUAGCCCUGGGGAGAGGGGACAGGGAGGGAACUUUUAUUUUUGGCUCCGAUGGCCACUUCGGUGUGGGGUUCAAAUCCAUCCAGGCACAGCUGAAGACGACCGGCCGAAGUGAAGGCCGGAUUUUGAAGCUUUGCAGAAUAACAAGAGAUUCUUCUCUGCUUCCUGGAGCAGCAUCGGUGGAACUCCCAACCUGCUUGCAACACCCAGCCCAUUUCCUUAUUUAUUGAUUACCUAAAUCCGGGGAGUCCAACGACGGCCACUUUUAAGACUGGAGGACUUCAACUCCCAGAAUUCCCCAGCCAGCCAUGGCUGGCUGGGGAAUUCUGGGAGUUGAAGUCCACCGGUCUUAAAGUAGCCAAGAUUGGACACUCCUGACCCAAAUCCUUUGUGCUUUGCAGUUUUCCUCUUGUUAGGAUCCACUCACUUUGUACAUUUGCAGAUAUAUUUUGUUGUUUUUUUUUUAACAAGGACCUGCCACUCCACCCACCCACAUACCCCCCCCUCCCCUUUCUUUGCUGCCCAACUGAAGUGGCCUUUUGGACCCAAUUCUCAAAUUUUAUUCAUUUGGAACCGAUCUCAUCCCGGUUGGAAGGAAUCCAUUCAAAACGCGUUUUGACGUUACGAUUAAUUUUUGACUCCCUUUUGUCCCAACCUCCCUCCGUCCCCUCCCCAUCCCCGGCAAACCCAUGUUUUAUUUUGUAAAUAUAACUGAUGUUUGGAGCUUGGGUAUACAAACUGUAAAUAGACUUCAUGUAUUUGUACUAAUUUGGAACCAUUUUGCUGUAUAGCCUUUAGGUGUGCAAUGCAGAUACUCUUAAUCUAACUCUUGUGUAUGGUAACUGCACCACUGAAAUGUUAGUAAGCAAGGUGGAAAACAAUAAAGAUACAACUAGCGUAUGA